AUGACGACACUAGCAGCACCGGAGGACCUCGACACCAUGACCGUCAACGUCGACGCCGGGCAAGCUUCGCCUGAGAAGGAUGACGACCAGACUCUCGCCAUCGCUCUGAGCACGACCUUUUCGGUUCUGGCCAUCGUACUCAUUGCGGGAAGUGUCUUCGUCUGCUGGCGCUACAAGAAGGGCUCGCGUCUCUUCACCCAGCGGGGCAUCACGCCCAUCAACGACGAGGAGAUCGAAUCGUGGAAAAGAAAAGAUGAUCCCGACACGCUCGAAAAGUCCAUCGUCGCAAUCGAGGACCUCACCCCGAGAACUUCCGUGAAAAGGCCAGCCAACGUCGUCGUCUACCAGGCACCACGCCCCUCCGGCGAACAACAUUCCCCCCGAUCCUUCGUCCUGAGCAGCGCCGACACCACCGGCGGCAAGAAAAGCAUCGACGUCCCGCCGACGCCCGUCCUCGCCCGCGCCCCCAACGCCCGCCCAGGCCUCACGGACGAGACGGUCCAGGGCGACGAGGCCUUCAUCCCGAGCCCUAGGCGGCAGACGUCCCGCCUCUCCAAAUACCCGCCGCCGAGCAGCGCGGGCGUCGCCGCCUCUCGUCGCGGCCCCGGUCCCGGCCCCGGCCCCGGCCGAUCGCGCAGCGUGCGGAGCAGCUUCAGCGUCGGCGGGGCCAGCGUGCGCAGCCAGCAGUGGUACGGAUACGGGUACGCCCACAGCCAGGGCGCCGCGAGCCGCGACUUCACCGAUGCCGAGCUCUCGCCGCGGUCGUCCCAGGACCAGUUUGUCCGCCCGGCGCACCACUCCUUCCAGCCUUCUUCGCCGCCUUUCCCCUCUUCGUCUUCUUCCGGUCUGCCGGCGCAGCACCGUCGCGACCGUGUCCAUUCUUCCUCCUCGGCUCUGGGCAGGUUGUCUUUGGAUGACCAGGCCCUGGUGGGCGGUCUGUCGCCGCGGCCUCGGGUCCGGGAGUGCGAGAUUGGACGUGCUAUCGGUUGA